UGGCUUUAUCCUAGAUAAUGUAAAGAUGUCCACAGUAACUGGUCGUGGAGAUGCACAAGAUGGGAAGAUGAAAGAAUCUCCAUUAUCUGACUUUGAUAGUGGAAGAGGGUCCCAGUCCCAGUCCUUGGUUGUCAUUGAUAAAGAGGAUUUGAAUAUACCUGAUGCUGUUGAAGAUGUGAAGAAUGUAGAGACUGAAGAUACAGAUGAUGAUAUGAACAGAUAUGUAUACUCUGAUGAUUUUGAGAGUGAUGAUGAAGAUACAGAUAUAGAUGACAAUGAUGAACUUGCUGCAGAUUUAGCAAGUGGUGUUCCAGGCCUGAAACAGAGAGUUGAGAAUCCUACUUUACCAUCUACAGUAACAACUUUAGAAACUAGUUGGGGGAGUAAGGUUUAUGUUGUAGGUACUGCACAUUUCAGCCAGGAAAGUCAGGAUGAUGUUGUAAAGACAAUAGAAGCCACUCAGCCUGACGUAGUUAUGGUAGAACUGUGUAAUAGUAGACUCAAUAUACUACAGUUAGAUGAAGAAAGAUUGUUAGAAGAAGCAAAAGAUAUAAAUCUGGAAAAAAUUAGACUAGCAGUUAAACAGAGUGGGUUAAGUCAAGGUAUAAUGCACUUACUGUUUCUAAGUAUGUCAGCUCAUCUCACAAAACAACUUGGUAUGGCUCCGGGAGGAGAAUUUAGGACAGCAUUCCGAGAGGCAAAGAAAAUUCCUGGUUGUAGACUGCAGUUGGGUGAUCGUCCUAUCCAAGUAACACUAAGGAGAGCUCUGUCAUCCUUGUCUGUAUGGCAGAAAAUACGACUUGCUUGGUAUCUUCUAACUUCUAAUGAUCCUAUCAGUAAAGAAGAUGUAGAAAAGUGUAAACAGAAAGAUUUAUUGGAGGAGAUGUUAAAGGAAAUGACUGGAGAGUUUCCUGGUCUUAGUGAAGUGUUUGUGAAAGAGAGGGACACAUUUCUAGCACAUUCAUUGAAGCAUGCAGCCCAGCCAUUACCACACCCAAUUGUAGCAGGAGCUUACUUACCGAGUGUAGUUGUAGGUGUUGUUGGGAUGGGCCAUGUUCCUGGUAUCAAGGACAAUUGGGAGGAACUACAGUAUGAUAUUAAAGAUAUUAUGACAAUGCCAGAAGAAGGGUUUAUGUCAAAAAUAUUUCGUUUUGGAGUUAGACUCAGUUUGAUAAGUAUAUUGACAUUUGCUUGUUGGCGAGUAUAUAGAUGGGCAACACCAAUGAUAACUUGAUGUAUGAAAUGGACAAGUUGGAUCAACAUUGCAGUGAAGUGUGUGUCAACAUACUGUCUUGGUUUAAAAUAACGUUCAAAUUACAAACUGUGGAUUUGUUUGACUUUAUCAUUUAAGGUGCAGGUGUCUUUUUGUUCAUUGUUAAAUAUUUGGGGUACAUUUAAUAUAUUUAUAGUGCCAUACAUUGAGAGCUCUAUUAGUUUUAUGAUCAUCGUAUGUAUGUUAUAUAUGCUUCAUUGACAAGUAUAGAGGUGUAUUUAAAUAUAAACUGGGAUCUGAUUAAACUACACAUUUAUCACAUAAACCAUGGAGCAGGAGUGUUAUCAAUCUAUUGAAUAAAAGCGAUAUUACACUAGUGUAAUAUCACUUCAACUUGAUGUCAUUUGCGAUAUAUAACAAAUAUAGCUUUAAAGUGUGCUAAUGUUGGCAUUGUCAACAAAAUAACUUUUUAACUGUAAACUGUUCUUAUUAUGUUCCCACUGAAAAAUUUCGGGGGAGCAUAUAGUCGUCGGGUUGUCCGUCAGUCCGUCCGUCCGUACGUACGUCCCAAAUUCGUGUCCGGUCCAUAACUUCGUUAUUUGAAGUCGGAUUUUAAAACUAUUUCACAGAAAUGAUCACCAUAUUGAGACAACAUGUCACGCCCAACAUCUGGGUCGCUACCUUGAAGGUCAAGGUCACAGCAUGACCUUGCAGCAAAAUCGUGUCCGGUCCAUAACUUCAAUAUUUAAAGUUGGAUUUUAAAAAUAUUUCACAGAAAUGAUCACCAUAUUGAGACGACAUGACACGGGCAACAUUUGGGUCGCUACCUUGAAGGUCAAGGUCACAGCAUGACCUUGCAGUAAAAUCGUGUCCGGUCCAUAACUUUGUUAUUUGAAGUUGGAUUUUAAAACUAUUUCACAGAAAUGAUCACCAUAUUGAGACAAUGUGUCGCGCGCAACAUUUGGGUCACUAUCUUGAAGGUCAAGGUCACAACAUGACCUUGAAGCAAAAUCGUUUCUGGUCCAUAACUUCAUUAUUUGAAGUCAGAUUUUAAAACUAUUUUACAGAAAUGAUCACCAUAUUGAGACGACGUGUCAUGCGCAACAUUUGGGUCGCUACCUUGAAGGUCAAGGUCACAGCAUAACCUUGCAGCAAAAUCGUGUCCGGUCCAUAACUUUGUUAUUGAAGUUGGAUUUUAAAACUGUUUUACAGAAAUGAUCACCAUAUUGAGACAACUGGUGGGCACAACAUUUGGGUUGCUACCUUGAAGGUCAAGGUCACGGCAUGACCUUGCAGCAAAAUCAUGUCCGGUCCAUAACUUCAUUAUUUGAAGUUGGGUUUUAAAACUAUUUUAUAGAAAUGAUCACCAUAUUGAGACGACAUGUCAUGCGCAACAUUUGGGUCGCUACCUUGAAGGUCAAGGUCACAGCAUGACCUUACAGAAAAUCGUGUCUGGGCCAUAACUUUGUUAUUUGAAGUCGGAUUUUACAACUAUUUCACAGAAAUGAUCACCAUAUUGAGACAAUGUAUCGCACGCAACAUUUGGGUUGUUUUUACACUUUGAACUUUGACUUUGACAUAACUCUGACACUACAAGAGGUAUACCUUCCAUGUGUCCAAAACCUAUUCGGGGAGCAUCACCCGGUUCAACCAACUCUUGUUUAAUAUGUGAUAAAAAGAAUAUUGUUUUCGUGUAGAUUCAAUACUAAAUUUAUUGAACCCAUUGAGUAAGACAAUAGUAUGCUCGCUAAAGGCUCGCAUAAUAUUAUUUUAUGCAACUCCUUCAAUAAAUAUAGUUUGAAAUCUACACUCAUUCAAUAUCUUCUAUUCCUGUUAUAAAAUAUGGUCUAAUAAGUUCCUAGAAACUUUACAGCCUACACAAUACAUGUAUAAAACUUAACAAGCCACAUAAGUGCUAAUCUGUUGAUUUUACAAGCUAUAUUCUACACAAAGUGACUCUAAUAAAAGUAUAUUUCUGCUUA